AUGAGCGAGAAUGGAACAAAUAAUAAGAGCAACGGCACGUCGACGAAGAAAAAUCAUUGGUGGAACCAAUCAAGAUCACGGAUUAUCCUGGCCUUUGUCUGUGGGGCAUCGAUUCGUUCCGUUAUUACGACCCCUUACAAAAACAUUUCAAAUUGCUCGAAACGAGACUCGUCGUCUUUCUCCCAACCGCAGUACACUGGGGCCAAUAAUAAAAGUAUUGUCAUUGGUGGCAAUGAAGCUUUAAACCACCAUAAUGAUGGAUCUACAUUAAGUUUGGAAGGUCGUGACAUGAUUUGUUAUGUCAGCAUGGGGGAAGCCAAGCAGUUUCAAGCACACAAGGCAAGGAUGGAAAGUCAGUUUGCAACCAAUACUUCCGUUUUCCUUUAUCAUAGCUAUGAUGAAGAUUGUGAUGGUUGUAUCUUCAAGAAGAACAGCAAAUAUGCGGAAGGGAAGAAUAUGAUUGUGAAACGUCUGAUGCUUUCUCCAUUUUGGAAGCGAUGCAAGUACAUGACAUGGUUUGACGAUGAUGUAGCCUUGUCCAUUACAGGGCAAAAGAAUAUUAGUGAUGCUGCUUGGGGUCGGUACCACGAAAUGUUACUUUCCGAGGAGACAACUCAUCCACUGAUUCGGCCUCAAGAUAGUAAACGGGAUGGCGAGGGGUAUGACACCUACCAGUCAUGCGUGGACGAGCACUUUGUGUCCUAUCGCUUCGAUCAUAUCGCAAUAUUGUGGCCACUGACCGAUCAACGACCGGAUGACCUAUUUGUGCACGGAAAAUUCUUUUUUGCACGGAUGGCCAAAUGCUAUCCAAAAGGAAUCAAGGUGGAUCGUCGCUAUCGUGCGCACAACAAUGACCAUCGCUACAACAAAAAGACCAAGGCUAUGCUUGCUACCAAAGAAAAAGAAGAUGUCUUUCGUAGCGAGCUUCCAGAGCUGGGUCCAUGGGACGGCUAUAUUCAGUUGAAGCACGGCUGCAUCAAGAAAAAGGCCCCGUCCUUUGGUUGGCAUCCUGAAUGCCAGAGAGUAAUGAAUGAACAUCUGGAUCGUUUUUUGCAGAAGGAGAUUUCACCGGAAUGGAAAGAAGGGUAG